AUGUGUAAAAACUACAACUAUCAAUCACACAAUGCACCCAAUUGUGAAAUUGUCACCGCACGAGGCUUUCACUGUGAAAAGCACUUUGUUCUCACGCAUCAAGGGUACAUUCUUGAAGUGCACCGGAUUGUUACGCCGUAUUUCAAACGGAAAACAUGUCAUCCGGUAAUACUGCAACACGGUCUAACUGGCACUUCGUCCAACUUCAUCAUGGCAUCACCGCAUGUUCCCCUUGCACCAAAUGUAGUGGGACAAAAUUUAGGAUUUGAGUUAGCAAAACGUGGCAGGGACGUUUGGUUGUCCAAUUAUCGAGGCAAUGACUAUGGAAUGCAGCACGUUUCAUUGAGUAGUUCAGAUGAACAGUUUUGGAACUUUACUUUCGAUGAAAUCAGUCGUUUUGACAUGCCAGCCGUAAUAGACUACGUUCAAUUAGCAACAAAUCACUCUAAAGUGUCUUACAUUGGCCACUCACAAGGAACAGCCGUCAUGUUUGCCUUAUUGUCUGAUCCUGUGCUUUCAAUCAAGUACAAUGACGUUAUUCAGCCAUUCGUUGCUAUUUCACCGAUAACUAGAAUUGGUAACGCUACAACAAUAUUUCGACAUUUGGUUAAAACAUUGCACAGUUUUAGUUCAAGACUCGAUUAG